AUGGAAGUCCAGACACCCCCGAUCCGUGACAUUUCGUCCACUAUCGAAGACACGGAGAACAAUUUGAUCUUCCACAAGAACGUCUCGAUUCCGCUCAAGGCAUCGAAACUUCCCAUUCGUGCCAAUGUCUACUUGCCGCUCUCUGCCAAGUCCGGCGACAAGUUCCCCGUCCUGGUCACGUAUGGUCCCUACGGAAAGGACAUUCCCUACGAGACCUUCUUCAAUGGCUCCUUCAACCAGGUGAACCCGGAGCACCGCUCCAAAUACAGCUGCUGGGAGACGCCAGACCCCGUCUUUUGGACCAAGCAGGGCUAUGCCAUUGUGAGAGCCGACGAGCGUGGUCUGGGUCAAAGCCCCGGUUUCCUCGACACCAUGAGCAAGGGCACCAGCGAGUGCUUCUUUGACGUGGUCGAGUGGGCUGCUGAGCAGUCGUGGAGCAGCGGCAAAGUCGGCCUGCUAGGUAUUUCUUAUUAUGCCGGCACACAAUGGCGUGUCGCUGCCAGAAAACCCAAGGGUCUAGCUGCCAUCAUUCCUUGGGAGGGAAUGUCCGACUACUACAGAGAUCGCUGCCAGCACGGUGGUAUUCUGUCCAACAAGUUUAUUGGCUUCUGGUGGAACCGCCAGGUCCUGGUCAACCAGUACGGCAAGCCCGGCCGAUCCAAGCUGCAGUUCCCUCCAGAUGGACCCGGUGCUCGUGGCCAAGAAGACACAAUCGAGGGUGACCUCCCCAAUGAUGUUCUGGUUCAGAACCGCCAGGACCAGACCAUUGACAACGCCAAGUACAAGUUCAGAGACCAGGACUACUACGCUAGCAAAGAGUUCAAGCUCGAGGACAUUGAGGUGCCUCUCCUGAGUGUAGCCAACUGGGGCGGUAUCCUGCUGCACCUUCGCGGAAACGUUGAGGGCUAUACCCACGCCGGCUCCAAGUUCAAGUACCUCCGCUUCAUCACUGGUCGUCACGACCUGCCUUUCUACUACAAGGAGGAGGUUGAGCUGCAAAAGAGUUUCUUGGACGCUUUCCUCAAGGGCGAUGACCGUGUUGGCUGGACCCAGCCUGGCAAGGUUGCUCCAGUCACAGUGACGCUACGAAAGGGCGAUGUUGGCUUCAACGAUGCUGAAAAGGAAAAGGUUUACGAGAAGCGUGAGGAAGAGGCAUGGCCUAUUCCCAGAACCCAAUACACCAACUUUUAUCUGUCGCCAGACCAAGGUCUCGCCAAGUCAAAGCCCACUGUGUCAGAACCGGCAAAGGUUUCAUACAAAGCUCUGGGUAAUCUCGAAAAGCCAGAGCUCGUCCAAUUCACCACGGCGCCAUUCGAGCAAGAGACGGAGAUCACUGGCCACAUUACGGCUCACCUCAAUGUAUCUCUCACCGCCGAGCAGGCUGCCGGCGAAAAAGACAUUGACGUGUUCGUCACUCUGCGAUACAUUAGUCCCGAGGGCAAAGAGGUUCACUACACGGGCACGGCCGGCGACCCCAUCCCACUGACCAAGGGUUGGCUGCGCGCCAGCUUCCGCAAGGUGCACACGGAUAACCCCAAGAACCGCCCGUGGCUGCCGCACCGCGAGUACUUUUCCACCGACGUCCUCCCCGUCAAGGAGGGCGAGGUCUACCCCCUCGAUAUUGAGAUUUGGCCUUCCAACGUGGUGGUGGAAAAGGGUGGUAAGCUCGUCUUUGAAGUUGCCAGUGGUGAUACCCAGGGUUCUGGUAUCUUCCAGCACAACUCUGAGACAGACAGAACAAGUGAGAAAUUCGCCGGACAAAACCACAUCCACUUUGGAGAGGGUCUCGAAAAUUAUGUUACCCUGCCUGUCAUUCCUCCCAAAUAA